UCAGGAGUAGGCGCGAACACCAAAAUUUUGCAGAUUUUUUUUUUUUGAUCUGUUUAAAUUCAUGGAGAAUAAGGAUAUGGACCUUGACAACAUCAAAUCAAGCCUUCUUGCUUUAAGGCAAUUGUAUGGUCUAUUGCGAAAUGACAAAGAUGGUGUUUCAAACUUGAACUCUGAUGGUUUGGACCAUGAAGCGCGACUCAUGUUAAAGAAUUUACUCGAUACAACAACGAAUGAUGUUCUUAAGGCUCAUUCUGAGAUCAUAGCACAUCAGGCGCAUGUGCACAACUUACCUCAGCCUCAACAUCUGGUUGACAUGGUGAAGCAACAUCCUCUUGCUUUAUUAGACAUGUCAAAAUCUUCAGCUGUUAUUCAAAGUUGUGGAAAUGAGCCAGUUGUCAUGGAGGAAUCCACCUUAUCGAAAGAGAAGCAGGAAUCUAUCGUUCCAGUUACUCAGACAGCUAGCGUGCAGCGUCCAAAAUUUAGAUUCAGUGCAAGUGAAACUGGAAAGAAAAGAAAGUUUUGCAGAAUCUGUCAGCGCCAAAAAUUUGAAAAGCCAUUUGUUCCUUGUAUAAACACUAAAUCUUCUGAAAUAGAAGCUUCACAUUCUACAAAGGUCGUGCCGUUGCAAGAACAGCAGAAUAGUCUAUUCAGCAGUUUUUCUCGGGAUAUUCAACAAGAAGCAUUGCAAUCAGUAAGCACUGAAAGUAGAAAGCUGAAAGAAGUGCUCGAUCUCCAUUGCAUAUCAAGUGGUGCAGAAACUGUGGCUUCCUCAUCAGACAGACCAUCUAAUGAUCCUACACAAUCCGUGCAUAACUUUACUGGUCUGAUAAGAUCGGUACCUGAUCAGAACCAUGAUCAUCUCUCAACCGAUGAUGUCAUUAAACAACUCGAAUUGCGCAUUUCAGCUUUGCAGAUGGAUGCUGAGGACCUUGUUCUUGCUGAUAGACAUGCAGCUGACCAUAACUUCAAACCGAUAACUAACUUUGUGCCACAAGUAGAGUUAGCUUGUCCCAUCAAGAAGAUAGAGGAAGCUGUCGAGAAUGAUAAACUUGACUCACUACAGCUAGUGAUUACUCAAUACAGUCAAGAACCUAAAGGCACAUCAAGUUCACUGUAUCCGGGAUAUACUAUUCCAUCAAUCAGAAUAUCAGAUAUUUCAGCAGAUCAAUCGCCGCCACCUGAGUCAAUUAGUCUCCAGUCAAAUCAGUUGAGACAACAACAGAUAGUAGCAAACAUCGUCCCUGCUGAGCAUCGUGAUAUGUCUACAGAGCUAGACUUAGUUGAAGAGCAUCCGUGGCAGAUACAGAGAGGAAACAUAAUUAAUCAUCAGAGCAUCCAGUCUGUUGUUGACCAAUUUGAGCCGUUGGGCCAAUUAAAGAAUCAAAAUAAUAGUACUUCAAGACAGAAUCAUUAUGCUGCUUUGCCUGCGAUGUUGGUCAACGAGAACCUGAACCAAAACCAAAUGCCUUCAAACGAGAAAAUUGGGCAGCUAGGAAAAUUGAAUGCCAGGCUGCCUGCAGCAGAUUUUUCGAGAAACAACAUAGGCACUCCAGGAUUGAUUGAUCACGGGAGCAAGCUAACUUGGCCCGGUACUUAUGAGAGCAGAAUGGAUUCACCUUAUUCAGAAAAGUCAAUAAUGAGGCGUUCAGCGUUGAAUCACAAGCUAGGUCAAUUCAAACCAUCCAGGAGCUCUUAUGCAAACUUGGACCAGAAUUCUAGUAAAUAUCCGAAGAAUAGGAAUCGCAUGAAACAACUGAGAAGAAGGCAUUUGCAUGAACAGGAAUCAGAGGUUUCACAUUCAAGCUCACCCUACUCUUCCAGCUCGACAGAUUUGCAGCAGACAAGCACUUACAGUAGUGACAAAGAUGAUUCCUUGCCAAGGCAGGCUCGAACCAAGACACAGUAUUCAGAUGAAACAAGCAGCUAUGGAGAAGAUGAAUCAUAUCCUCAAAGAGAUAGUAGUCAAACUGAUUAUACGGUCAGCUCAAGCGGCAGUGGCCGUGAGGGUAACUCAUCCCCAAUUAGUAGUGAAAGGCCUCAUGAAAGCAAGGGGGAGAGAUCCUCAUCACUUGAUCCUUCAGGGUCUGACUAUCUUGAAGAACUCUCGUACUACUCAGCAGAUUCUUCAUCAAAGAGGUCAAGUCCUGCACGUGCCUACAAGUCUGCUAACUCGAAAAAAUCAAAUAAACAUAACGGGAGGUGGAAGAAAUUGAAAGACAAGCUAGCAAUAGUUUUUCACCAUCAUCACCACCACCAUCACCAUCAUGGUAAGGAUGAUAAAGCUAAGGAGAAAAAGACAUCUUUGUUGAGGCAGAGAGGGAAAAGGUUCCCCGGUCACUAUUCAUCAAGCAAGGAUGAAACAUAUGGAGAAAAGGCUUUGGAAAAGUUUGGGAAGUCAGCAAUCGACAAGCAAGCUGGAAAAAAGCCGAAGGGGGACCAAUUUCAUACCCUUGCUCGGGGGCUGAUGCAACAUAUCCAGCAUUCAAAGAAGUCGAAACAUAGCAGCAGUAGACCAGUAGACAAAGAACAACAUAGCAAUAAGAAGGUGAUAAACAAAUUUAGUUGGUGGCAACUACUAAGGCAUCACAGAGGUAUGAAUAAAUCACCUGCCAUGCUAGGAUCCGCCAAUAAGAAACAUCAUCAAAAGCUUUUUCCAAGAUGAAGUAAGGCAUCUGAAAUUGCCACUUUGUUUACUUAUGAAAAAAGAGAAGUUCUUGACCUCACACCAAAAUUGCUGGAAAUUCUAAGUGCCAACGACUAAUAUCAC